CAUUUGGCCUCUUCGGCUCGCAUCUCCGAAGCAAAAACACAAAAUUGACAGUGCGGAUUUUGGUUAUGCCGCGUUUUUUCCCUCCCGGCUUCACAACAAAAGGCUUUUCUCAGUGAAUUUCCCGUGGAAAUGGUGGACAAGAUAGAGGAUCUCAGCCUGCCGGGCGCCAUAGUGCAGAGGAUAGUGAAGGACGCGCUGCCGGAUGGCGUGAAUGUGGGCAAAGAGGCGCGCAAUGUUCUGGGCAGAGCAGCUUCUGUCUUUGUCAUCUAUCUCACCGCUUCCGCCACAAACACCGCCAGAUCGCACAGUCGGAAGGCCAUCACGGGCCAGGACAUCCUGGACGCCCUGGAGGAGAUGGAGUUCGAGGACUUCCUGGAGCCGCUGAAGGAAUUCCAAGAAGCCUUCCGGAAGAGCGAACAGGAGAAGAAGAACAGGAAGAAGGAGUCCAAGGCGACAGCUCAGAAUGAAGAGGAGGAGAUUGUUGGUGAAUAAAUGUUUAUUUGGGCAAAAGAUAGACUCCAGACGCGAAGAUUAGCUGAUGUUCCCGGACUUUGGUCUGCAGGAAGCGCUUCAGCUCCUCCAGGG